AUGACUUCGCUACUGAUCCCUCUCUUGUUCGCAGCUCUAGUUCGCUAUGCCAUAGCAGCUAAUGGAAUUGAUGGGAACAGCUGCAUGAACAUGCGUUGUGAAGAAGGGAUGGUAUGCGUGAAAGGUCGAGAGGGCUCGGAAUGCAUGGCUAUAGAUCCUUCCAAUAACUGCAACACGCUUAGAUGUUACGGUGCUGGAUGUAAAUAUAAAGCUACUGAGUGCAUCCCGGAUAAAGCGUGCUUUGCCGAACCCACGUGCAACAGUGGAGCAAGUGGAGCACGACCUCGGGGUUCACCGGCUAAUCAAGUUCCACAAGCAGCUCCCUCGGCACCAACACAAUCGCCUCCAACAGGACAAUCUCAACCUCCGUGUCUUGCGAAAUGUUCGGAAAACCAACGAUGUGUUUUGAGAUAUGAUGACAACAGCUGUUAUAAUCCGCCAUGUAUGCCCGUGCCCACGUGUGUCAACCUCACCACUCAGCCAGUUGAUAUUGAAGGAAAUGGAGGAGAAAUUCGACUUGCUGCCUGCAAUCUGUUCUGUAUACAAGGAAGACGAUGCCAAGUGACACCAGCUGGUCCCAGAUGUGUUCCAAUUCCUAUGUGUGCAGAACUAACUUGCCCAAGUGGCCAAACGUGUAGACAGGAUGACCUUGACCUGCCUGCGAUGUGCCAUCCAACUCAACCAGUUUGUGGAGAAAACGAAGAAGUGAACAGUUGCGGAGCACUUUGCGAGCGAAAAUGUGAGAACGUCGGAAAGGGACCCAUAGUCUGUCCAUUGAUCUGUCUACCACCAGCAUGUGUAUGCAAAGAGGGAUUCUAUAGAAAUCCAACAAGUGGUCGUUGUGUUCCAGCCAUGCAGUGUCCACCAAGAAUUCCACCUAUUGCUACAACACCAACAACGCCUUCGCCUAUGAACUCCUCUCCUUCCCCAGUUACUCCAACACAGACGACGCCUUCGGCUGGGAGCUCUUCUACUCCACCAGGAAUUCCUCCUAUUACAAAUACGCGAGAUCUGAUGACUGCAUACGGAGACGAGCCAAUUACCGGAACAGCGACAUCUUCGCCUGUGAACUCCUCUCCUUUACCAAGCGGAUUUCCUCCGCCUGCCAACGUACCAGAUCAAAUGACCUCGUACGGAGACGAGCCGAAUACUGGUGUACAAGCAUCGAUACUGAUAGCAGGAUCCUCUUCUUCUCAACCAGGAGCAUGCCCAACAAAUGAAACGUACAGUCAAUGUGGUAAUCGAUGUGAACCGACUUGUGCAGAGAUCAGUGGCGAGCCAAGAUUAUGUCCAGCUAUUUGCGAUCCACCAGCUUGCGCAUGUGCUCCAGGAUUCUACCGACUCAACGGCCGGUGUGUUACCGGGCAACAGUGUCCAGGAGGGAUUGGCAGACCAGUUCUAAGAUCUCGACGGCAAACAGAUCCGAUGACCGGUUACGGAGAUGAACCAGCUCUCCCAGAGCCCCUCGGCCCACCUUUGGAUCCUUGUUCCACAAUCCUAUGCCGAAUUGGAGAAACGUGCAUGUCAGAUGAGAAUGGCGCACGAUGUGUACCACCAGCACUGCAAUGCAGCGUCAAUGAAACCGUCAGCAACUGUGGUGCUCUUUGUGAAGGCAAAUGUGCCACUGUAGAUGAGCAGAAUAGACCUUGUCCCGAUAUAUGCCUGCCGCCUGCAUGUGCUUGCUCCUUGGGAUAUUUCAGGAACCAAGAUGGGGAUUGUGUUUCGGCCGGAGAUUGUCCGUCAAGAUGUCCUGAAAAUGAGCAGAUUAACACUUGUGGAAGAAGCUGCGAACCUACUUGUGAGAAUGCCUUUGGCAAGAUCAAAGUCUGCAAUCUCAUCUGCAACCCACCGGCUUGUGUUUGCAAACCGAAUUUCUACAGACAUAAUGGAGCAUGCAUACCGCAAAUGCAGUGCACUCCACCGAGGGAUGGAGUGGGAUCUAUCGCCUUGGACGUUACCGCUUCCACGUCUACUACUUCAGCAAGCAGUGCAAGCAAUUACGUUGAUGAACCAGUUACACCAAGAUCUGGAAACGGAAGAAGUUACGUGGAUGAGCCCGUAACUCCAAGACAAGGAAGUGGCGAGAGUGGAGGCAGUAAUGUCGCGUCAGGACUAGAAUGUGGAGCUAAUGAAGAAGUUGGACAAUGCGGUAAUCUGUGCGAGCCAGGAUGUGAGAACGCUUUCGGAGAGCCAAAAGUGUGCAUAGAAAUUUGCAAUCCUCCGGCAUGCAUAUGCAGAUCAAACUUCUAUAGAAAAGAUGGCAGAUGCGUUUCUAAAUCUGAAUGUCCUGCACCUGCCAGUGGAGCGAAUGGUAACAACAGAUAUGGUGAUGAGGCUGUUACGCCUGCGUCAGGAUCAGCGGCAAUUUUAAGUACAAAUCAGGGUGGCCCGAUGAGCAAUCCGCGAUUAUCAUGUAGUGUCAACGAAACAAUCAGUCAGUGUGGAAAUCUUUGCGAAGGAAAGUGUGAGAAUCUUGGAAAGGGCCCAAUAGCCUGUCCUGCUAUUUGUGAACCUCCAGCUUGUGCGUGCAAGGAUGGCUACUAUCGUAUUCGCGGGGACAGAUGUGUACUUGGAAUGGAUUGUGAACUUAAUUGCAAGACCAAUGAAGUAGUGAAUUCAUGUGGUAGUGCAUGUGAGCCGACCUGCGAGAAUGCAUUCGGAAGGCCGAAGGUCUGCGACCGAGUCUGUCGUCCCGCAGCAUGCGUAUGCCGGCCGAAUUACUACCGUAAUAAUGGCGUCUGUGUUCCUCAGUCCGGAUGUGGCGUACCUGGCGCAACAGCUAGCACAAAUCCCAUCCAGAUCACUUCCGGAAGUACCGGAGGUACUAGAGGCAGUGGCGGAAGUGCCGGAAGUGCCUCAGUGUCUACUGCUAGUCAAAGCGGAAGCGGAAGGCCGCUAGUUUGCGGGCGAAACGAAGUUGUUGGAUCAUGUGGAAAUCUUUGCGAGCCGACUUGUGAGAACGCUUUUGGAAGGCCGAAAAUCUGCAGCCGAGUUUGCAAUCCACCUGCGUGCGUGUGCAGACCAAACUAUUAUCGCAAUAACGGAACAUGUAUCCCACAAGCUAGCUGUGUUGAUCAAGUGGGCCUUUGUGAAGCAAUGACUUGUGAAGAAGGAACGGUUUGCGCUGAAGCCGAGAGCGAACAGAGUGCACGAUGCCAGGCCGAAGACCCAGAAAAUAACUGCGAGACGACAGAUUGUCCGCCUGAUGCUGUAUGCGAGUACCGCGAGACAGAGUGCAUUCCAGAUAAAGCCUGCUUUGCGGAGCCAGUAUGUGUCGUGUACGAAAGGAUAGUCGCAGCUUAA